GUAUAGGUUGGGUAUACUCCUGAUUAUCUAUUCCUUCUGCAAACGAUUUUGAAUCUGAUCCUCAUGUUUUCUUCCCUUUGCUAUUGUUUCCAAGGCAAAGUGUAAUGAUAUAUUAGUUAAGAUUUGACCAUUCAAUUGCAAUAAAGAAUCUGCUCUGCCUAUUUGUAAAUCACGUGCAUUACUUUCAAAUACUUGUGAAGGAUCAAUGAUUUAGAAAAAAAAAGGUAGGUCCUUACAAUGUUAGAGUCCUUCAAUGGGGGGAAUUUUUUUAGUCUUAAGAGGAUAAUAUACUUAGUGAGAUUCUUCUGUAACACCAUACAUCAUUCUCAUGUCAUUUAUGAUCUUGGAUAUUGCCGGGUGCUGUUAAUUUUGCUCUUAUGAUGUCUCAAAUGAAGGGAGGUUGUCCUGUGGACUACAACACGAUUACAGAUCUUUUCCUUCAGAGAAACCUGAUUCGGGAAGCAACUGUAUUUUUAUUAGACGUUUUGAAGCCAAACUUGCCAGAACACGGGUUCCUUCAGACGAAGGUUUUGGAGAUCAAUCUAGUCACCUUUCCAAAUGUUGCUGAUGCCAUCUUGGCAAAUGGGAUGUUCAGCCACUAUGAUCGUCCUAGGAUUGCUCAACUUUGUGAGAAGGCGGGCCUUUUUAUGCGUGCUCUUCAGGCUGCAAAAGAAUAUUCAGACCAGUUGGGUGUGGAUGCAUGCAUUAAACUCUUUGAGCAGUUUAAGUCUUAUGAAGGUCUCUACUUUUUCUUGGGUUCAUAUUUGAGCUCCAGCGAGGAUCCUGAUAUACAUUUCAAAUACAUAGAGGCAGCUGCAAAAACUAGCCAAAUCAAAGAGGUCGAGCGUGUAACAAGAGAGUCAAAUUUCUAUGACCCUGAGAAGACGAAGAAUUUUUUGAUGGAAGCCAAGCUUCCGGAUGCACGCCCCCUGAUCAAUGUUUGUGAUCAUUUUGGAUUUGUACCAGAUCUGACCCACUAUUUGUACUCAAAGUCUCAAACAAUAUGUUGCGGUAUAUUGAAAGGUAUGUCCAGAAGGUAA